AUGACAUGCGUAUUGAUAAAUCUUCAUUGAAAAAUCCUACAGGUUGUUGUAGUUGUUUUGCUUUUCUUCAUUUAAUGUUCCUUCAGUUAUGUGUCUAGUAACGAGAGGUGUGUCUCUAAUUUUGCAAUUGUGACGCGUAAUGUUUGCAAACAAUAUCGUGUAAUGUCAAUUGCAGUGUAGUGGUAAUUGUGUUUUUGUGAUCAUCAAAUUGAUAGAAAGUGAACGCUGGAUCCAUUGUUGAGUACAAUGGGGGUCACACUACCCCCUUUAGAAUUCACCGAGUGCAUCAGUGAUAGCCCAUAUUUUCGUGAAAAUUUAAGAAAACAUGAGUGCGAGCUAGAGGUUACUAACCAACAAAUCAAGAGGAUUAUCAAAGAAGUCAAGGAUUUAUUGCAAGCAGCUAAACAACUGGGCAUGGCGCAGAGAUCCUUUGCUAACUGUCUGAACGGUUUCACCUUUCAAUCUAUCGGAGAAACGCAGACGGACGAGGAAAGGAUAAUUUCAAAAUCCUUGCACGAGUUUGGUUCUCUCAUCAACAUGGUGGAAGAUGAGAGAGACAACAUGCUGGCAAAUGCGUAUUCCAAUGUCGUCAAGCCGUUGGAAGAUUUCAGGAAGACUCAUAUCGGAAACGUGAAAAACGAGAAGAAGAAGUUUGAGAAGCAAACGGCCAAGUUCUGCAAAGGCCAAGAGAUGUACCUGAACCUAACGACUAAGAAGACUACACAUUCUCUGCAAGAGGCCGACGCGUCAGUAAACAUGGCGGAAAGUUAUUUUCGGGCAGCAAGUAUGGAAUACAUAUACUUGAUACAAGAAUUUCAUGAACGAAAAAAGUUCGAAUUUGUCGAAACCCUACUGAGCUUCCUGUUUGGAUGGUUAACCUUCUAUCAUCAGGGUCAUGAGGUAGCAAACGAUUUCCGUCCCUUCAUGGUGGAUCUGCAGACGAAGAUACAGAAGACGAGGACCAACUUUAACGAUUACAAGGACAAGUUGAAGACGCGCAUGGCCGAAGUGAAAAAGCAGUGUCUGGAGGAGCCGAUUAGGAAUGCGAAAGGAUGCAAGAAAGGUUAUUUAUAUCUAUUGGAAAAAAAGGCUUUUGGAACAACUUGGAUAAAAUAUUACUGUACUUACAACAAGGAAACCAAAGAGUUCACGAUGUUGCAGUAUAAUCAGUUAACCUCGAAAUCGAUAUGCCAACCGGAAACGAUGGUACUGACACAAUGUGUCCGAAGGAUGUCGGAUUCCAUAGACAAACGUUUCUGCUUCGAUAUACAGUGCGAUGCGAAACCCGGGGUCGUGCUCACCUUCCAGGCAUUGUCCGAACAAGAUCGCACUUGUUGGCUGGACAUCAUGGAUGGUAAAGAACCCACCUACGUCACACCGUCGGUGAACAAGAUAGCUCAAAUAAAUGCGGAAGAACGAACGUUGGACGAGGUCGGCAUCCAGUUCCUGAAGCGGUGCAUCGAAGUGUUGGAGAACAGAGGUUUGGAGGAGCAGGGACUGUACCGGGUGGUGGGAGUCACCUCGAAGGUGAACAAACUGCUGACGAUGGGUCUGGACAGGAGGAAAGCUGAUAAAUUGUCCGGAUUGGACGACCCCCAAGAGUGGGAGUCCAAGACUAUAACCAGCGCGCUAAAAAACUACCUGAGAAAUUUGCCGGAACCCAUUAUGACCUACAGGUAUCAUAACGGGUUCAUCGCUGCAGCUAAAAAUAAGGAUGUUGGUAUGAGAGUUAAUGACAUACACACACUGAUCUACAGGUUACCAAAGCUCAACAUGGAAGUCCUACGGAUACUGUUAAAACAUUUGACAAAUGUGGCGGCAAAAAGUGAGAAGAACCUGAUGACAACAAGCAACCUCGGCGUAUGUUUUGGUCCCACCCUACUCCGUCCAGAAGAAGAAACAGUUGCCUCAAUUACCGAUCUAAAAUUCUACAACGUAGUGGUGGAAGUGCUGAUCGAGAAUUACGAUAGGAUUUUCAACACUGAACCAGAGAGAUUCAAUUCGGAAAACAGACAGGGUACAAAAUCGCCUAAUAAUUCGACCAGUUCCAUAUCUCACAACAACGUCCAAAAUCGGGGAUCUCCCAGUGAACUGAUGCCCAGCACUUACAUAGGUCCUGAUGGUACCGAAGUUCUUCAUGCUUCUAAUCCAAGAAAUUUCAGUCCCAACGACCACUUGAAUAAUAGCCAUUAUGCAAGGAAGCAAUAUAAAUGGAAACCUUCUUAUACCUGUACUGUCAAAACCUACUAUGAACCACCACCCAUAGGGAAUACCUCCUCCAGUUUGUACAAUGUUCACGAAUCCCCUAACAACGGGAUUCCAAAUCAUAUACCCAGAAAUGACCAUGUAGUCUCGAACAACCAUACUGCUUCCAAUGACAGAUUGCAUAGGUAUAAAAAUAUGGUUGUAUCGUCGGUUUCCUCACAAUCUGAAAGCAAUAUACCAAACUUGCCCAGUUACAGCCCUACAAAUUUGAGAAGCUAUAGUAGGCUUGGUCCCAACAGUUCUAGCAGUUCGAAUGAAUCGAUAUCAUCUAUUUCAAAAGAAGGAAAUGGCUAUAACAUAGCGCACAAGAAAAUUGAAAGAAGUUCUUACAAUGUGUACCCUAAAAGUGCGAGGACACCCGGAAAUGUGUCUGCGAGUAAGGAUCCUAACUCUUCUAAUCCUUCAGGAAAAUCUAACCUUUUAACUCGAGUUAGAAGGGUGCGAACACUGUACACAUGCUUAGCAGGACAUGAUGGAGAGCUAUCUUUUGAACCAAAUCAGAUAAUCACAAAUGUCAGAGCAUCACAAGAGCCAGGCUGGUUGGAGGGGACUUUAAAUGGUAAAACUGGUCUGAUACCAGAAAACUACGUGGAAUUUCUACCCUGACAGAGCAGCAGCCCUGGAUCCCUAACCAAAAUAUCUUCAACGUUGAGGCACGGAUUAAGAAGAGCUCUCCACAUAAAUCAGUCUGAAUCUUCCCUUGAUAGCGCUUCUAGAUUCUUCCUUCAGCGACAAAGUUUGGACAAUGGAAAGACGGCACUUCUUAAAGAACACAACAUGGAGAGAAAGUUUUCCACUUGAAGAAUAACAGAGGUAUCUGCCUAUUGAAAUUGGAUGUAAGUAGCGUGGUUUUUGUAUCACGUGGCACAUUGUAUAAGUCUUUACAAUGAUCGUAACUUGAUGGAAUUUUAUAUUUUAAAACAACGAACAAUGAGAACUCCAAAUAGUGUCAAAUAAUAAAAUGAAAAGAGGCCUUGUGAAAUCAAUUGUUCAAGGCUGCAAAAAUUGAUCUUGCUUGAUGGAAGAUGAGUCAUACCGAUUUACUAUGAGUACUUUUACCACUGAAAUUUAUGAUCUGUUACAUAUCACAGAGUGUGGGGGCAACUGCUGAGAAAGCAUUUCAACCAGUUUUUUUUUUAUAAUAAUAUGAUGUGGAGAAUAUCAUUACAGAAAAGGGGAAAUUGAACUGAAAAAAAUAGAUUACGAGAUUCACAAUAUAUGUUAAUGGUUAAUGGUUAUUAGUAAUUUUGAACUAUAUUCCCCAUUAUUCAUAUUAUUAAAAAUCCCUAAGCCUCUCACGCUUCCUGGAAUAUGAAUGCCUUUCAUCUUAGAACUGAUAUAAACUUAUACACUUGAUGUUUCCAUUUCAAUAGACUUCCAAAAGUAUACAAGUCAAUGUCGCAGACAUUUGUUUUUCAUAUCAUGGUAGUAAUGGUACCAAAAAUCUACUGCAUAUAAUAAUUUUUCCAAUAUAGACAAGGAUAUAUGAUGAAGUUUGUUCAUCAAAACCAUUAUCAUCACAUUUUUCAAGUGGUUGGAAUAACAUUUAUGAAAUGGGGAUUGACACUUCGAAUGCCGUAAGAAAUAAUUGGAAAAUACUGGAGAUGUUCAGAAAAAGAGGGGUUCCAUAUUUUAUAUACUGUCUAUGAAAAGACAGCACUUUCUUCAUUAUGUCUUGGAAGAAAAAAAUCGGGGUUCAAACGGUUUCCAUACAGUGCAACCCUCAGAUAUUGGGAUAUAUUGUGAGUUAUUUGUAUUUAGUAUUAAAAUAUUCUGUGAUAGAAUCAGACUGGCACAACUUAAAAAUAUUAUUCCACCAACUAGAAAUGUAUAUAUAGAAGGUGGAUGUAGUAUGAAUUUGAUUAUUUUAAUGGUAAAUUAACAUUCAUUUCCUUCUCGUCUAUCGAAGAGCUUCUUUUUUUUUAUCUAUCAUCAUUAUUCAAUGAAAUGAUGUUCUUUAAUAUCCUGACUAACUGUAAAUGAAGAAAAAAUAUUUUGUUCUGGAAAAAUUUCAAUGAUUCUCAUUUCCUUGAGGUAGUUACUGUUAGUUAACUGUAGAAUUAUUUCCAGUCGAAACCAAAACCAUUCAACACCAAUUUUUAUCAUAUCAAUUGUAACUGCCUGAAAAGUAACAUAUAAAUACAUAAUAUGUGUAGUUACCAAAAAACCUGUACAUAUAGGAAUAGAAUUGUUUAAUAUUAAUGUUUACAAGUCAAAGAGUAUUGAAUAGAACGUAAAUGGAACAAAAUUAUGGUUUAUGGUUUACUACAUGUCAUUGAAUUGAACUUUUGGUGAGAAAGAUGCUUAUUUGGAAUUGGCUCAAUAUGUCAAACUAUCAGUUAAACCAGUAUUGCAUGUAUUUUUAUUGGUAUAUUGUGAUAUGAAUAAUUUCCAUGAAACAUUUUGUUAUAUGCUUCAAAUUAUUAUAUUUUUGAUUGAUUUUAUAUAGUAUUAUUCAUGUAAAUAGUUUUAUUGAGAAUUUUAAUAUAUUCUAUGUUUUAGUUCAAGCGAACAUAAUAUAUUUUACUUGUUGUAAUAUCACCCCAUGGAAAAUAAUAUAUAUUGUAUUGAUAUAUAAA